AUGGCUUCUAGUGUCUCUGCUGAAGAACAGACGCCUGUUGAUCGGUCGAAACGGGCGAAGUUUGCCAAGGUCAAGAAUAAGACGCCUGCACCAGUACAAAUAACUGCCGAGCAAAUCCUCAGGGAGGCGAAAAAUCGGGAGCUUGAAGUGGCACCUGCUGCCCCCACUCAAAAAAUAACAAACUUGGCAGAAUUGCGUGAUUUUCAACUUCGAAAGCGCAAAGAUUAUGAAGACAAUAUCCGUAAAAACCGGCUUGCAAUGCAAAACUGGAUUAAGUAUGCCAAAUUUGAGGAAAGUCAGGGAGAAUUGCAAAGAGCUCGUUCCAUCUUCGAGCGUGCCCUGGAUGUGGACUUCCGCAAUAUCGGUCUGUGGCUUAAGUAUGCAGACAUGGAAAUGCGGAACAAACAAGUGAACCACGCAAGGAACCUUUGGGACAGGGCGGUUACAUUGAUUCCAAGAGCUAACCAGUUUUGGUACAAAUAUACCUACAUGGAAGAACAACUGGGUAAUAUCGUCGGAGCUCGUCAGGUCUUCGAGCGCUGGAUGGAGUGGGAACCGGAAGAGCAAGCAUGGCAUGCUUACAUCAAUUUCGAACUGCGAUACAAGGAGCUUCAAAGGGCCCGAAUGAUCUACGAGCGUUUUGUUCUUGUCAACCCCGAACCGAAAAAUUGGGUUAAAUACGCCAAGUUUGAGGAGAGAAAUAACUACAUAAACUCAGCUAGACAAGUAUUUGAAAGGGCAGUUGAAUUCUACGGGACAGAUAAUCCUCAAGCCCGCUUAUUCAUCGAAUUUGCUAGAUUUGAAGAAAGACAGAAGGAGCAUGACCGUGCCAGAGUAAUUUACAAAUAUGCUCUGGAUAAUCUUCCAUCGGAUGAAUGUCCAGAAAUUUACAAGGCAUUCACACUACAUGAAAAAAAAUACGGUGAUCGCCUGGCAAUCGAAGGAGUUAUUCUUAAUAAACGAAAAUUCCAGUAUGAGUCGGAAGUGGAAGCGAAUCCCCAUAAUUACGACGUUUGGUUCGAUUAUGUUCGCCUAAUGGAAGAGGAGGGUUCGGUUGAGCAAACUCGUGAACUCUACGAACGGGCAGUGGCCAAUGUCCCACCAAUUAAGGAAAAGCGGUAUUGGCGUAGGUACAUCUACUUGUGGAUAAACUACGCCCUGUAUGAGGAACUGACAGUUGGAGAUGUAGAGAGAACUCGGGAGGUGUACAACUUUGCCCUUCGUCUUAUCCCCCAUCGGCGGUUCACCUUUGCCAAAAUGUGGUUGUACGCUGCCAAAUUCGAGAUACGCCAGAAACUACUGCCGACAGCACGUAAAAUUUUGGGUACAGCAUUGGGCAAAUGUCCCAAGGCCAAGCUCUUUCGUGGCUACAUUGAGCUAGAGAUUCAGUUGCGGGAAUUCGACCGAUGCCGAAAGCUUUAUGAAAAGUUUCUAGAAUUCUCCCCUGAGAAUUGCACAACGUGGAUGCGCUAUGCUGAAAUGGAGGCGUUGUUGGAUGAGGUAGAGCGAGCUCGGGCUAUUUACGAGUUGGCUAUCUCGCAACCUCUUCUGGAUAUGCCGGAGAUCCUCUGGAAGGCCUACAUUGACUAUGAGAUUGAGCAACGCGAGUGGAACCGUGCGCGUGCCCUGUAUCGCCGUCUUAUGCAAAAAACACAACAUGUAAAGGUAUGGCUGAGUCUUGCCAAUUUCGAACUAUGCGCACAAAACUCCACUGAGCAUGGCAACGAGUUAGGGGAUGUUGGUGCGUCAGCCAACGAGACUGAGACUCGGGCUGCCGUCGAACGCGCUCGUGAAGUUUACCGUGAGGCUAAUCUGGCUCUUCGCAAGUCAAACGAAAAAGAACAGCGCGUUCAGCUCAUUGAUGAAUGGAAGGCGUUUGAGGAGGAGUACGGCGACGAGGAAACGCAGAUGGAGGUUGCUGGGUUUGAGCCCCAACGUCUGGUUCGGAGCCGGCGACUUGAGGAUGAAGCAGGAGGAGGCUGGGAGGAAUACGUCGAUUACAUUUUUCCUGACACGACUGCCGAACAACCGAACCGCAAAUUGCUGGCUGUUGCGACCAAAUGGGCUCUGCGUCACGAGCAUUCCGAUGACGACGACGGUUCCGAUACCAACGAUGAUGCCGAUGAUAACACAGUGCUAAGUGAUGAUGCCACCGCUGGCGGCGAAGCGGCCGAAUCACCCUGA